GGGCCCCGCCAUGUUUGCAUUGUUUGUGUUGUUUCCUUGCAGUUAGAGUAAAAUUAUACUUUGAAAUAUGUGUUUUCUGUCUUAGAUUAAGAAGUUUUCAACAAACGUAAUGCUAAAAUGUGUGUCAAAUUCAUAUCCUUUGAUUUAUGUGGUGGAUGCUAAAAAGAUUAAAUGAUCGUUGAUAAUAUCUAGUGUUGAGAGGCUGAAGAUCUGACAGGCAAGAUGCAACCAGUGCAAGAAGAUAGUGUGUUAACUCCCCAGGAGAUGACACUACUGGCCGAGUACGACAGUCGCCUAUAUGGCUUCCUGAAGCUGAAUACGGUAGAAGAGUCACCAAAAAAGACUCUCAUUAUGAAGGCAGUGCAGUAUUUGGAGAAGGUAUUGGCCGACAACCGCCUCUUCCAGGAAAUGGAGAAGAAAACGAAGCCAAAGUGUGACAGCACCGAGAAGCUUGUCAAUCCCAAAACAUACUGCAAGCUUGGACACUUACACCUAUUGCUGGAAGAUUAUGCAAAGUCACUGUCAGCUUAUCAGAAGUUCUUCAACAUAGAGGAGGAAUACUGGAAAGAUGCACCAUUUCUGUAUGGCCUCGGAUUAGUGUACUUCCAUUACAAUGCAUUUAAAUGGGCGGCGAAAGCAUUUCAACAGGUUUUGUACGUCGAUCCAAGCUUUAGUCGUGCGAGUGAGGUUCACCUGAGGUUGGGGAUCAUUUUUAAAAUCAACAACGAUUUUGAGUCGAGCCUAAAACAUUUCCAGCUGGCGCUGAUCGAUUCGAACCCUUGCUCUUUGUCGAAGAUCGACAUUCAGUUCCAUGUCGCACACCUCCACGAGGUUCAAAGCAAGAACAUCCGUGCGAAGGAACUGUACGAGAAGUUGCUUCAGACGCCCGACUUGUCGAACCAAGUGCGUGCGAAUGCCUUGCGACAGCUUGGCUGGAUGUACCACACGUGUGAGUCACUCGGUCUGAAACUUCAGCGAGAGGCCUGCGCCAUUUCCUACCUACAGAAGGCUAUUGAGGCUGAUCCGAACAGUGGACAGAGCUGGUACUUUCUGGGUCGGUGUUAUUCUAGUGCAAGUAAAGUCCAUGAUGCAUUCGUUUCCUAUAGACACAGCAUAGACAAAUCUGAGGCAAGUGCAGACACCUGGUGCUCAAUUGGUGUACUCUAUCAACAACAGAACCAGCCAAUGGAUGCGCUGCAAGCUUACAUCUGUGCUGUGCAGCUAGAUAAAGAGCACUUUGCUGCAUGGACGGACCUAGGCAUAUUGUAUGAGUCGUGUGGCCAACUGAAGGACGCGUUGACUUGUUAUGUGAAUGCGUCCAGGUGUAAAGUACAAGUGGGCUCGAAUAUCGCGGCGCGAGUGAAAAUCCUGGAGACGCAGCUGGCUAAUCCGCAGCUGAGCAGCUUGCAAAGACCAAAGACACUUCCCAGUAUUGAGGAGGCGUGGAAUCUUCCGAUACCCGCCGAGUUAACGUCUCGGCAAGGCAAUGCAAACAAUAUGCAGCAGCGCUCAGCUAUCGGGAUGGCCGGACCGAAGCAGUACAUGGCGCAGAGCUACGCUCAGAGCCUCGUGCACCCGUCUUCGCCCAACGUGGGCAACAUGCUCGGCGCCGGUUACACGUCACCAAGCGCUUCGAAGAAGCGCCGAAUUUCUGGUGCUGGCGGCAACGUGGGCGGCGAGCUAAUACAGCCGCCGUUCAUGAGUGCAGACCACCGAGCUGCAUCGCAGCAGCAACAGCAGAGCCAGCAGCAGCAGUUGUCGGCAGCUAAUGUGCCUUACUCGCAAACUCACUUACCUCAGGGAAACUCGCAAAAUACUCAGGUGACUAUCACAAGUAGUGCUAUCGCAGCGUCCGUGCCGCACGACGCCGCCACACCCGACGCGACACAGACGGCCGUCGCGCAGACGGGCGAUGCACAGCCGCAGGCUGGCACGCGCCCCGCGCUCACCAAUCUGACGUCGUCGCUGAUGGGACCAAACAACAACAACAAUAACAAUGCAAGAGGCGGCGCGCAGAAGGCGGGCGGCGCGUCGUCGUUGCUUCCGGCUGACGUCGCGACGCUGAAGAUGUCGGCCGCGCAGAUCAUCGCCGCGUGCAAGGGUCUCGGCAAGCAGGGGCUGUUCAACACGAGCAUGCCGCCGCCGCAGCCCCCGCCGCCGCCGACACCGUCGCCGCCAAAGGAGGAGCUGUACCCGCCGACCCCGAGCACGUACCUCGAGAACAAGAAGGACGCGUUCUCGGCCGAGCUGCAGAAGUGGAUCCACUCGCACCCGGUCGCGGUCGUGCGCGGCCUCGCCGGCGCCCUCAAGCUCGACCUCGGCCUGUUCUCGACGCGCAGCCUUGUCGAGGCGAACGCCGACCACAUCGUCGAGGUGCGCACGCAGCACCAGCAGCCAUCCGACGAGAACUGGGACGCCGGCUGCAAGACGCAGGUGUGGCAGUGCGAGAGCAGCCGUUCGUACACGUCGAUCGCAAAGUACGCGCAGUACCAGGCGCAGUCGUUUCAGGAGAGCCUGAAGGAGGAGCACGAGCGCGCGCACGGCGUCUACCACGACACGGACAGCGACUCGGGCUCGUCGUCGAACGCCAAGAUCGGCGGCGUGAAGAGCAAGAAGGAGAAGGCGCCGCCGUUCAAGGUGAUCAAGUUCGGCACGAACGUCGAUCUCUCCGACGAGAUCAAGUGGCGCGCGCAGCUGCAGGAGCUGACGAAGCUGCCGGCGAUGUUCCGUGUCGUCUCGGCGAACAACAUGCUCAGCCACGUUGGCCACAACAUCCUCGGCAUGAACACGGUGCAGCUGUACAUGAAGGUGCCGGGCAGCCGCACGCCGGGCCACCAGGAGAACAACAACUUCUGCUCGGUAAACAUCAACAUCGGGCCGGGCGACUGUGAGUGGUUCGCGACGCCCGUCGAGUACUGGGGCGCGAUCCACCAGCUGUGCGACCGGCACGGCGUCAACUAUCUCAGCGGCUCCUGGUGGCCACUCGUCGACGACCUCUACGAGAACAACAUCCCGCUGUACCGCUUCAUCCAGCGGCCGGGCGACCUCGUCUGGGUCGGACCCGGCGCCGUGCACUGGGUGCAGGCGAUCGGCUGGUGUAACAACAUCGCGUGGAACGUGGCGCCGUUCACCGCGCAGCAGUACCACCUCGGCAUGGAUCGCUACGAGUGGAACAAGCUGAACGCGUACAAGUCGAUCGUGCCGAUGGUGCACUUGUCGUGGAACGAGGCGCGCAACGUGAAGAUCUCCGAGCAGCGGCUCUUCGAGAUGAUCAAGUGCACGCUGCUGCGCACGCUCAAGGAGUCGCAGAUCAUACUGGAGUACGUGGACAGCCUCGGCAAGCGCGUGCUGUACCAGCAGCGUGAGCGCAACGAGAUCGCGCACUACUGCCACAUCUGCGAGGUUGAGGUCUUCAACAUCCUGUUCUGCCGCGAGCAGGAGAAUGGCAAGCACCAGGUGUACUGUCUCGACUGUGCGCGCAAGCUCAGUCCAAGCCUCGAUGGCUUCAUCAUCCUGCAGCAGUACCAGAUGGUCCACCUCGCCGAAGUCUACGACAACUUCCAGCUGCAGAUGCCACUAGGGCCGCCCGCGGGAGGUAUAUGAGAUCAGUGAGAGGUGUAGGAAGGGCCGGUGCGAGGCCAAUCAGUUCUGCGAGAGGAUUCGCAAGCACCCACAGGAGGCGUGUGAGGUCUGAGAGAGGUGGCAAGAGUCUGUGGAAGGGCGUGUGAGGUCUGCGAAAGGAGUAGCAAGCAUUCACAGGAGGCGUGUGAGGUCUGUAAGAGCAGUAGCAAGCAUCCGUGGCAGGCGUGUGUGGUCUGUGAGAGUAGUAGCAAGCAUCCACAGGAGGCGUGUGAGGUCUGUGAGAGCAGUAGCAAGCAUCCGCGGCAGGCGUGUGAGGUCUGUGAGAGCAGUAGCAAGCAUCCGCGGCAGGCGUGUGAGGUCUUGACAGAGGAAACAGCUAUCUCGUGUAAUGCCAAACAGAUCUUGUGCACGUCUUCAUCGUUGUGCACACGUUUUGGGUGCGAUCCUGUGUACGUAUCAUUUUCUCGUAAUUGAAAGAAAGAGAGGAUUUAGGGUCGAAUGGGAAAAGCUACGGUGUACCCUUAAAAUAUUUUCUGUAGGGAGAGUGUGAUGUUCUGCGUUAUCUACAUGAGUUCAUUAAAUGUAGUAAGAUUACAGCAGUUCGUAAUAAGAAUCCGUCGUAACACUCAAAUGUGUUUGUGUGUAGGUAAUUUUUCAGAGCCCGCGAAGAAAUGCGAGAAAUGUGUUCAUUUAUGUACUGAAUAUGUAUUGUUCUUGUUCUGCACUGUGGCUUGCAUUGUUUGUUGCAUGUGAAUUGUCGAGAUGUCAUGCAUCGCAAUAAUGUUCUGUUUUCUUGACAAGAUCUCGCGUGUGUGAAACAAUGAGUGCUGUUUAAAGUGCAUUGUUGUUGUAGCCGAUCGCAUACUAUCUGUUCUUUGCAUUUCUUGUGGGCUCUAUAUUAUCGAUGGUGGCAUGCCUGUUUCUGUCUGCUGGCAUUUUGAUUGGAACUCAGGAACCUAAUAAGAACGCUAGCAGUACGGAAACAGGCGGCGUUCCACUGCUGAUACGCCGUUUUGUACGACGACGGUGUGCUCAGUUAUCAUCACUGCCAGAGUGAGCACCCGGCUGGCGUGCAUUUGUACAGUGUUCACUGAUUUUUACUCCACAUUCAACUGUGUGCACGGAGAUGCCAGGCUAGUUACAGCAUCGUAGGUGUUUGAAAUUAUGAUUUUUUUUUCACCAUUUAAGCCGUCGCUCUGUGCCUCCUUCGAGAUUUAGUGACACCGCGGACGGAGGUAGGCGGCGUGGCGAGAUUCGCAGCUUGCGUGUGCAGCGAAGUCGCGAUUGUGCAAUUUUACGUUUGACGAGCGUUUGCCGCGCGUGGCAGCGGUGUUAGUGCCGCCACCACUGCUUUUGUUGUGGAGACGAGACGGGGAGGCAGGCGUGCACCUGCCCCUGAAGGGCAGUCUGUCUGUGCAGGUAGCUGGGCCAUCCAGCCGGCGAGAUCCGAGGUGCACAGACAGUGCAAGGUCAGCGUGCGGCGAGGCGGACGGACUCGCAUUGAUAGGAAUUCUAGCCUAGAUACAUUGUGUGUUCCCCCACGUGUUUGUGGUAGCCGUGCGCUGUACUGUGUGAAGUGUGCGUGUUUUGACAGCAAGAGAGGGCAACUACUACGUAAAGGCAGGAGUUGUGGUGUGGAGAUUGACAAAAUGUCUGGUUGGUUGCUAUGGUUGCUAGAGUGCCCCCCCCCGCUUCAUUCCCAAGAGACAACCGACUGUACAUUGGCAGACUAAAAAUGGUUUUUGAGUGUUUCUUCAAUAUUUUUUCUAGUUUUUUUUUUUAAACGGAGUACUUGACUGUGUUUUGGUAGUGCAGCUGAUGAAAAGCAUGUAUAAAAAUAAGUUGGUAUGUGCAUGGAUUAUGUAUCCCCCAUCUUACUGCCAUCUUCUACUAGUUUUGUUUAGUAACUUAUUUCCGACAGGGUCAUGUAUAAAUUGCAGUCGUUAUUUUUACUAGUUAGUAAUGAAGUUCUUGGGUCCAAAAUGUAUAGUUUCAUGGAGUCAAUUGAUUUUGUUAUAACUGCGAUAGUUCGCAAGGCAACCAAGAUUUCCCCCAUGCACACGUGUAAAUUGUACAUGUACGUAUGUAACUAAAGGGAGUCUGUACAGUAACGCAGUGUUUGUGUUGUCUAGCGAGAGUGAGAGAGUAAGAUAAGGGAAAAUACGCGAGGCUUGUAAGGUUAUUAUUGAGACGUUUGUCUAUACCCUUGCCGCCUUGUCUAAUAGAUAUGGUCUAAUUUCUUCUACCGAGAACAAACUGCAUGAGUAUUGUGAUGAGCUUUAUACUUUAUAUUCAGGAAAUCCUGACCUUGCUGUCAAACUACCAAAGAAUACAUUCGCGAUCACGUCCAUAAUUUUGUCGUUCCGCAAACAUGUCGGCCGUUUCUAUUUGUGUCCCGUAGUGCAUGUCCAUUGAAAAAACCGAUCGCUUGUCGGAAUACAGAGCAAACGGUUUUUGAUUCGAAUUCGGAUUCUCGAUCAACAUGUGUGGUGUUGGAUGCAUACUAACGAUGCGAGUAGCUUCGUCACGAUAUUUCAGCCAUUAUGUGUACGAAUUUCUCCUAUCGGCGGUUGCCUCUUGAUGCCAUAGAAGAAAGAUUUCAUCAUGAUAUUCAGAUUCACAAUCGUAAUAUUGGUUCUUCAUGCGAGUUGCAUUGUUUUGAUUAUAUGCAAAAGUGUAUUUUAUUUUGUGUACACGUUCGUCAUCGAUUCAUGAUUGUGUAAAAUCAUGUGCAUGUCUCUGUAAAGUUAUGUAAUGCGCGCGGGGAGAGAGUUAUUUGCCAGCAUUCGUCUGUAAUUUCGGUUGUGAAGUCACGCACUUACUACGAGUCUAGUUGAAGGACGUUUGCAGUUGCUGGUCACUGAAUGAGUCGGUCGAGCGCGGAGUUACAGGCCAGGUCGUUUGUGACCUCGGUCAACCCGGUUUGGCUCGUAGGGUGAAACUGCUUUGGCUAUCUUUGCAAAGCAUGUAAUAGUUCACGCUGUACCUUUGUGUACGCCGGGGUGUUUGGAAAGAUCCUUUCAAGCAAUUGUUCCUAUUGAUACUAUUGAAUUAUACUUUCUUCGAUUGACUACUUACUUAGUCGCUUCCAAAUGCAGAAAUUCAGUCCGAAUCUGAACACAUUUUUAACAAAAUAUGUAUAUUCAAGCCAUUUCUGCAGUGAAUUCCUGCAGGCGGCAGGUUUCAAGUAUUGCAUAUGUAAAUUUAUACGUAUUUGCAAGUGGCGAAUUGUCGCCAUACCAGAGCUUCCGUCUUUAUCCGUUGACGAUACCUUUGGUUGGUUUCCGUAUUAUUGCACAGUAUGUGCGUGUGUGUGCGUGUGCGUGUGCGUGUGCGUGUGCGUGUGCGUGUGUGUGUGUGCGCGUGUGCGCGUGUGUACGUGUCUGGUGUGCAUGCGUGCGUGGGCUUUGUACAGGCAACUCUCAGUCUCAGGCAAAUCUGCGAGACCACUCCACCCUUACAUUAACACGUAAGCAAAUAUUUGUUGUUCAACCGAAACCUAAGCAGCUUGAAUAGCAUUGGCGCGAGGGGCGGCAUGGCGAUCGGUCAACCGCUGCAUCCUGAAUCGCUGUCACGUCUUGACCGAGACGUCUCAAUGACGCGGAGACGACAACAUCUGUGCCCCAUCGUUUUCCAUUCCAAGGUUAUCCCUCCAGUCGUGUCCGCUUGUUGUCUUCCCCACGACGAAUGGCAUCCCCAUCCGCCUCCCCGCUCGCGCAGAAAACCCCUUGCAGUCGACAUAAACCGCUGUUGUUGUUGCUGGUGAGGGAAUGCUCGGGCGACAUUGUGCCAGAGGGGGACAAGCGUGCGGUUAGGUGUGAUCAGUCGGGUGCAUUGUACGAGAACAAUCGCCGGCCCCGAGGCAAGACCUGUAUGCCUCCAUCAACAGCAAGCGUACUCUCAAGUUACUUGUAAGAAAGUUACUGGUAGGAGCGCUGGUGUAUGCGCUUACCGGCAUCUCCGCUGCAGGACAUUUAUGGUAGUUUCUGCUCCAUAGGUACCUUGUACCUCGACGACUUUCAUGACUGAGUUUAGCAAUUUCUGCUGAAAGAAAUUUAAGCAGUCGAAUUUGUACGAUUUGACAGGCAACUUCUUACGAAAAUUGCUGCUUAGCUGAUCGUGAAUGAAUGGUUGCGGGGCAGAACUGUUGUUAAUAUGGGAAUACGUCAACGUUAACGAUAGUUAGAUUAUGAAUAGUCUCUUUUUUAUUAUUGCGUUUUUGUGAAUUUCGUCUCAUUCUGUGUGUGAAGUGUUUCAAUAAAUUGAUGGGGCAUGUGUCAAAGCAAGAAAUGUUACGUAAGUAACUCCUGAAAAGCCCGUAUACUGCAGUUUCUGGCUUAUUGAAAUGUUGACCUCGUUCGUUCCUUUACACAUGGCUGUUUGUAAUAUACAUGUAAUUUACACAUUAAAAAAAGACUCGUUGUACAGAAAAGCAUCUCUCUGUAGCUGAAUUGGAUUGUAUUCAAAAGUGCAGAAUCAAAAAUAAAAGUUUUGUAACUGUA